AGGCGCGGCGGGCCUGCUGCCCUCGCGCGCGGCUUGGCUUCGCGCCCUUCCCUGAGGGAACCCUCGGCCAUGUCCGUGCCCGGGAGGCCUGUGGCCCUUCGGAAGGGGAAGGUCUUCCCUCGGCUCGGGAGUGCGCGGUCUGGCGCUGCUGACGGCGUGAGGGAACCGGUCGGGGUUUUGUUUUACCCGUUUUGAAAUGGGAGAGUUUGAGCGUCUGACUUUUUGAGGCAGAGACCUGCUGCCAGCGUGGGCGUCUGGCGCUGAGAAGGCCAGACGUGGCCGGAGAGCAGCUCUCCUGUGAGAGGGAGAGUAGUCUGGCAGGCGGGUAAACCGGGCAAAAAUCGCACAACGCUGGGGACAGGGGUCUCGCUUUGAGGAGAACCAGCUUUAGCUAACGGCAGCUGACACAGCUGUGGACUCUUCUCUGUGACACAUAUUUUCCCUGCAGUCUCCUGUCAGUUCCCAGACAAGCAGGUGCAAAACCAAUCUGCAUGGCAAAAUGGAUACAGAGUCAAACCACAGGCCUGGCCCACUUCUAGAAGUUAAGGAAAGAGCACUCAAGGGUGCGCAGAGCAAGAUCUGCACUUUAUUGAACAGUACCUGGAAACAGUUUGACAGCUAGAAUGACCUGCUGUUCUACUUUUGUUGAACUGGAAUCAGACACAAAACCCCAAACUUCCCCAGAAUUUGUUGUUGACCUAAAUGACAGUGUGGGAGACUUCAGGGUAAAAUGAGUGGAAAGAGAAACAUUUUGCACAACACAAGAGUUACACCUGUGAGGGUGACCCCAUGUUGAUUUCACCAGAUUCUGACUCUUCCAAAAUCAGUGGUUUACUGCUUGAGAAGCUCAGAAAAGUAGAAGUAUUGUCCGCAUUUGACAAAUCCCACAGACAUUUGCCUAACAUGGAAGACAACAUGGAUGUAAAAAAUGUAUUUAAAACCCAGGACAAUAUUUCCUGCCUAAGGGAUUUGUCAGAGAAUGGUGAUGACCUACUUCAUUUUAACAGUAUGGUCAGUGUCACUGCUGGAAAAGCAGAGAAAUACUGCAGCAGACAGGUGCAUUCCCACCCUACAAAUGUAAUCACUUACCGCACAGACAACUGUUGCCUUAACACGGAAGACUCUGUAUCUGCUCAGUCUCUGGCAGAUAUCCAGGCAUGUAAAAAAACUGGGCUCAGUAGACCCCUAACCAUGAACACCCUGUUCAGUGAGCAGGCAGAUACUCCCAUAGUAAAUCAAAAUUAUUUUCUAAAAGAUGAUUCUGAAAAUUCUGCCACUAUUCUGGAGAUUUAUGCAGAGAAAGUUCCAAGUGUAAGUGAUGACUUUUCUGAUGAUGACCUAGAGUAUUUUGAAUGUUCUGAUGUGCUGACAUUGCAUGAAAAUGAAAUCUGGACAAAGAAAUUACAAUUUUUAUUAGAAAGUGAUGAUGAAGAUGAUUUAAAACUGAGUAAGGAUUGUGAUGGGUGUGCUUACUUCCUCAGUGAAAUGCCUUGUCUGUUCCAAGUGUCAGAUAACACUAUGCCUAUGGAUACCACCAUUGGCUUCUGUGGUCAUCACUCAAAAUUCAAAGGAGUAAAUGUAAGGAGAGACCCCUCUAUAUACAGCCAGUCAACUUUGCAGACAGAGAUGACUCUCACUGUUGGACACCGAGAUAAAAGCACCAGUUUGAAAGACAAAGAAAAGUAUAAAGUGCCUGUUGCAUCUGCAGCCAUUGAAAAUGACCAUCCUGGAACUGAAGAAGAAAAUAAUGGAAAUGGCCACUCAGCUGCAGGUUUCUCGACUGACAAAUCAAAGAACAAGGAUAAUACACAUGCCAAGGCAGACUCCUCUACUAGUGGCAUAGGUGCUUCUCUGACAAAUCAGGCUUCAGAGACAAUGACAGAAAACAGUACGGACAAGGACUUGCUGGGGGAAAGCUCAUUGCUGCUAGAGGAGGGGAGAAGAAAUUUGCCAGAGGAAAAUGCAAGGCAUGCUGUCUGUACCUUAACAGAAAGUCUAAGAAGAAACCUUUUAAAGUUGUUAAACCCUAAAGAGCUCUGCAGAUAUGUAAGUAAUAUAGGACAAUCUUUUCAGACUACAGCAGAGAUUAGGGAAUCCAGUGCUUCCAGUCAGGAAGGUGUCAUUUCAACACAAAUCCCUGAGGAGACAGAAAGCUUGCAAAUGCAGGCUGGUUUGUGUCAUACAGAAGAGGCAGAUAAAGACUGUCUCUGGGAAAGGAAAAGGACUUGGGGCCUGUCUGAGCAAAAUCAGAUGCCAAAUGAAAACGUCUCACCCAGGAAUCAAGGUGCUAAUCUUAAAAUCUUCACCCAGAAUUGUGAGACACUAUGUAUGGAGCCCAAAAUAGAAAAGGAAGGCAUCUUCAUGACUUGUGAGAAUGCAGGAACCAUCCAUCCAGCUUCAGAAAUGCUCUGUACUGAAAACACAUUACAAGCAAAAAAUGCAAAUUUACAGACCUAUUCUCAACACCAUGCCCCUUGUGAUAAGAGAGAAAGUUGUCACCAACAAGUCUUCUGUGAACAAGGAAUUAAUAUUAUUAGUAACGGCAACAAAUCAAAGAAUGAUGUUUCGCCUUUUCCUUUAUGGGAUACAGACUCUGUUCCUGAUAAACAAGAACGUUUAUGUGCUGUUCUGUCUUCUGCAAAGCUAUGUGAUGAGCCAAGGGAGGGAGAGCAAAGGUAUAGUUUUGACUCACACGAUAGCAAUGACACAGAUAUUCUCUGCAGUCUAUCAUGUGAUGAAUCUGUGUUUGAAGCUAAUCCCAAGUCAGUCCUGGAAUCUGGAGAACCUGGGUGCAAAGGAGAUGCUGAUAUAUCUGCAGUGCAUGACAAGCUCUGGAAACUUUUUCAUGAAGAUGACUCAGACUAUCAAAUCGCUUUUGAAAACCAGGGGAUCACAAGCUUAGAAAUUAGGCCGACAGGUACCAAAAUCACAGAACUGAACUUUGUACAGAAGACCUGUUCUGAUCAUCCUUUGCCAAUAAAUGUGAUAGAAGAGCGGGAACCUAUUACACAACGAGCUAGUAGACAAAGAACAGAGAAAGAUGACUGCAAUGUUUCUAAUAUCCUACUUAAAACAGAUGAAGUAUGUAACAGUGCAUCCAUAGGAAACAUUUGUCUUGCACAAAUGGUAGAAGCAGAUGGUAUAUGUCUAGAUUCUAGCACUGGAAAUAAAACGGAAACACCAUCCAUUUGUGUUUCAGCAAAUAGUAUCAUCUUAAAUACAGGGGAGUGCUUGGAGCAGAAGCCAAAUCAAACGUUAACUGACAGUAAUGGAUCCAUUCAAAUGACUGUUGCUCAGGAAGGAAAGCUUACCAUUAAUAAUGCUUCCCAAACAUGUGAUGCAGAUUCUCCUCAAAGAUUAAAAAAUGCUCACAGUGGUAACUUAGCAUGUGACAAAGAAAACCCAGCUUACAUGUCAGAUAAGUCUCAUGGGACAAUUGGACAAUUACUUCAUACUGAGCACAACAUAUCCUUGAUAAAUGAGUCUGUAACUGGUAAAGGGUGUCAUUUUAGAGGCUGUUAUCCAGCAAAAAGAGAAUUAGCUUAUUUCCCUGAAGAGAAAGACAUUUUCCCCUGUGAAAAUACCAGUCGGUUUACACAUGAAGAACACUCUUCUGUUAACACCAUACAUAAAAGUUAUGAAGAGAAUUUGCAAGAAAAAGGAAAUCACUCAGACUUGAAUGCACAAAAUGACACUAAUUCUGACAGUUAUCAUCUUUCAAAAAAUAAUGACUGUCAAGAUUUUCAGGUUGUUGCUAAUGCACAGCAAUACAGUUCUGUAAUGCAAUUGCCUAAUUUAAUUAAGACUCCUGAAACCAUAACACGCAAGAAUCUACCCCAAAAUAUAGACCAACAGACAGAAAUAGGAAAACGAGAAGUGGCAUUCACUCCCUCUUCUGGGGAUCCACUUUUAAGAGAUUUUUAUGUAGAAGUGCCCAGAUAUGAACCAUGUAAACCAGGAGAAGAACAGAGAGAGAUUUGCAUAGGUGAUGAACAAAGGGCUGAAAUUUCCUGUGACUCAGGAGUUAGUCACGUUUCAGAGAGUCAGACUGCAGUUUCCUCUCAUAAUACAUCAGAACAACAUGUAUUUUUUGUUGACAGCACCUUCAAGUCUGAUGAAGAGUUAAAGACAGAUUCUUCAAAAAAUCACACAUAUGCUUCUGCAAGUGUAACAUCAGUUAGUACCCCGCUACCUAGAAAGGGUCAAAAUGAGUACCACAGCAUAGCAAAUGAGGAUUUUAGAGAUACCAGUAAUCAGUUAGGUACCCAACAACUGACUGUGAAAGAAACAUUACCAUUCUUCACACCUGUGAGCCAGUCAGAGGGCCUUCUUACCAGUAUAUCAGCAAUGGGGUGUCCUGGCACAGGAAGUCAAGUAAAAACUGAAUCCACACAAACUGCAGUCAAAGUAUAUGAAAAUUUGAGCACGCUGGAAACUUUCUGCAAAGCGUUGCAGGAUCAGUUCCAUAGGGUACCUGAAGAAAACAAGAAGAAAGCAGCCUUGUGUGAAAAUAAACAAGAGAUCCAAAGAGUUAACGAAUAUAACCCAGAUGAAGCUGAAACAAAGUCUCCUUUGCGCACUUUAAUUAGCUCCAAGGCUCAGAGACGGUUUAUGAACAUUAGCACUAAGCAGUCCUGUCCUGGCUUGAUCUCUUCCAGCAAGAUAACUGAGGUUGAUAAUUCAAUUAAGUCUACUGAGUAUGAUAAAGAUGAAGAAGUCAUGACAUCAGAGAGUGUAGUAAGUGGUUUAGUUAAUUUGCCAUCAGUUGAUUCAGGGAACAACCAGUAUUUUCAAGAGCAACCACCCUGCAGCAGAACUCAGCCGUUCUCUUUAGCAUUGAGCACAUAUGAUCCAUUCCCAGUCAAUGUGGAAAGGCUAAGAAAUCAAGAAGGGUCAAAAUCCUACCAGACAUCACCAACUGUUGCUGAGCCUGAGCCCAUCAAAUGUAAACAAGAUACAGCAAAGAGUGGGCAUUUAGGUGCUGGAGCCAAGAAGAAAUUGCCACCAGCAACACUGUCAAAAAAACCCCGACUGGAGGAGAGAGGAAAUGUCAGCAAGGAUCCUAGCUGUGUUAAAAAGUCUGUGAAGAGUGAGGCAGGCAUGAUUCAUAAAGAAGAUAGAAAAGAGCAGAGGAAACUAAUUUUGAAAAAGGAUAGCAAAGCUCCCAAGCUGCUGAAGAAAAUCCAAGCAGAGUUGUUCCCUGACUGCUCUGGAAAUAUUAAGCUAUGCUGUCAAUUUGGUGACGUUCAUGGUGACUCCACUAUUACAUGGACUAAAGAUUCCAAGUUACUAGCUCGACUGCAGAGAAGUGCCCAGGAUGACUCUCCCGUCUCUUUGGCAAUAGCUAAAGCCAGUAACAAAGACCAGGGAAUGUAUUAUUGCUGCUUGAAUAAUAUAUAUGGAAAGGUGACUGCUGAGUUUAAUCUGACUUCUGAAGUGUUGAAACAUCUCUCAAGUUUUCAGAAUUGUGAAGGUGUGGAAGAAAUUGAAUUCAUGCAGCUCAUGUUCAGAGAAGAUUUCAUCAGUGACAGCUAUUUUGGUGGGAACCUGCAUGGAAUAAUAGCUACAGAAGAGCUUCACUUUGGUGAAGGCAUGCACCGGAAAGCCUUCCGAAGUAGAGUGAUGCAAGGCCUCGUUCCAGUGUUCAGUCCUGGCCAUCCCUGUGUUCUCAAAGUGCACAAUGCUAUCACAUAUGGGACCAAGAGUAAGGAUGAUCUAGUUCAAAAGAACUACAAACUAGCACUGCAGGAGUGCUAUGUCCAAAAUACUGCAAGAGAGUAUGCGAAGAUAUAUGCAGCUGAAGCUGAACCCUUGGAAGGCUUUGGGGAAGUACCAGAGAUCAUUCCUAUUUUUCUUGUUCAUCGCCCUGCUAAUAACAUCCCCUAUGCGACAGUGGAGGAGGAGCUAGUUGGGGAAUUUGUGAAAUACUCUGUCAGGGAUGGCAAGGAAGUAAAUUUCCUGAGAAGAGACUCAGAGGCUGGCCAGAAGUGUUGCACCUUCCAGCACUGGGUGUAUGAGAAGACCAAUGGGAACUUGCUUGUCACUGACCUGCAAGGUGUAGGAAUGAAGUUAACUGACGUUGGCAUAGCAACACUGGCCAAAGGAUACAAAGGUUUUAAAGGCAACUGCUCAAUUUCCUUCAUUGAGCAGUUCAGAGCCCUCCACCAGUGCAAUAAGUACUGUGAGAUGCUGGGGCUGAAAUCUCUCCGAACCACUCAUCAAAAACAGAGGAAAGCAACAUCCAUGAAAAGCAAAAAUCUACCAAACUCAUCAACUAUAAAGAAAACAGUGCCCAAGAAAUCAAGAGAACCUAGAGACUUCAUUUCUUCAGAGCACUGAGUUGCACUGUCCCAUCCUGUGAAAACUCCUCUUGAGGAUAUGUAGUAGUGAUAGGCACCAAUGACCUCAUGGGGGGAUAACUUUAGUCUUUUGCCUUAUGACGUUAUUUUGAAGUCAUCCUGAUGCUGAUGCCAGCAACAAAGAAAGGAACUGAUUCUAUGGUCUUGGUACCUGAGACUUAACACUGGGACAAGGUUUUGAAGACAAACUAAGCUGUCUGCCUGGAUUAUCUUACAACCCUUCUGUGUAUUGGUACCUGCACAUUUUGAGUCUUGGACACUGAGUACACCGCAGGUCACUGGAGAACAUCUUCCCUUCUAUGUGUCUGUGCCUGUGACCCUGUGGGUUCCGCUGCUGCAUAAACAUCAAUAUAUUUAAGAUGCCACGCAGUAAAAGUUUUGCACAGUGUUGUUGCUCAGGCUGCUAUAGAAAAAUUGUUUUCUUUCCCAGAUUUUUGCAUAUUGUAAUCCUACUGUAAUCCUAUUCUUGUAAUUUUUUUCUCCCACUUACAUGUCUUUUAAUACAAGACAAAGCCAUUCAUGAUAGGACAUGUCUGUCUUCUGCCCCCCACAAAAUUAGCUAGCAUCUUUAAGGCCUCACAAAGUAAUGUCAUCAGCUUAAAUAUGGGCAACUUGUGUGAUUCUCCAUAGAAUUCCUGGCUUUCCAUGCAAGCUUCCUUGAAUCUACAGUUAACCCCAUGGCACAGUACUGUUGUGCUUGCACUGAUCCUCUUGUAGGAUGAAGGUUUGGAGUCUGCAUGUUGCCAAGCAGCUACCAUCUGAAAUAAACCAUUACAUAUAGUGGGUAUUUUAGUACCUUGCAGCAUUUUCAACUUGAAUAAGUACAAUGACUUUUCUGUGUAGCAUAGAGUUGUUUUUUGAAGGAACAUGACAGGUGCCCUGGGCCUGUACCUGGCUAAAGAGUCAUGAUUUGUCCAAAAUGCCUAGGCAGGGCCAAAACUGAAAAAAGAUACUGUGCUCCAUUAAAAUUAAAUGUAGCUUAUGUGGAGAUUUGCAGCCAGAGGAGGGAACUAUGCAUGUCAGUGGACUGCAAGAAGUUUACUGGAGGUGGCAGUUGAAAAGCCAACCUGCAGUGCCUAACAUGCAAUACAAACACUGAACAUUGUCAGACUUCUUAUCCCUGUGUGAUUACUAAAUAACAGGUGGUGCCAGAAACCAAUACCUGUGUGUAAGAGUCCCAUCAGAGCUGAGGAAAAAAAAAAGUGAUUUCAGACUAGGUUCUGCUUUGUGUUGAUAAGCAGUGGGUGCCAAAUAUGAGAUAAACUGUUGGGGACUAGCUGAUGCUAGGGACAGAAACUCAUCUGACUGCAAUGUAGGUAUAACAUCUAGACUUGUCAUCCUGGGCUCCCUUUAUGGUUAAUGGAGGUCUUCCCAAUGGAAUUUAGAGCAAAGUGCAGGUCAUCUGAAAAACAAACAUUUGAAAUAGGUUAGAUUAACUGUGCCAAAAAAGUGCUUAUGUCUCUCCAUUGAGGGAAAAGGCAGCAGUGUCAGACAGACAUCUGCAUUUUGAAUUCCUACUGUUACAUGGGAUGAACUUCUCCAGAGUUGUUCUGAAGCAUUUGAGUUUUUAAUAGUUUUCUGCUAACUUAUGAGGAGGAGACCAAGUACAAAAUGGUAUUGCAGAAAUUAGGAUUUGUAGUCUAUGUAAAAUUAAAGGUAUGAAAGACUAUUUGAAAGAUGAGUUUUUAAAUAGAAAAUGCCAAGGAAAGGUGAAAAGUUUGAGUGUGAGUGAAAUCUGGGUCAAGACAUUGAGAGUGAAACCUUGACAAAACAAUUACAAUGUAUCGAGGAUGGGAAGCCAUUCAUAUCAAAAUAAAGGUGAAUGACAAUGCUGUGCUACUGCAGAGAAUCUGAAGUAUCACAAGAGAAUGGAGGUAGAAAAGUAUACAGAGGAGAAGUUUUGAAGGAGUUAUGAAACACAGCAGGCAGAGGGAGAUGCGGCACAGAUGAGGCAGAUGGUCUUAUUGAUACUGGCUGUGCUGUAGGGAAGAGGUUUUCCCAGGGAAGUCCCAGUGUUCUGGUGUCUCAGUUGUUCAAACCAGGAACCAGUCUGAGUUUACCCACAUCUCUCUCUCAGCCAAAAGGAGGUUGGUGUGUAUGAGAGAACGAGCCACCGUGCAUGGCCAGGCAGCACACCUAGCAAUGAGGAUGGCAGCAAUCCACUUUCCACUGCCACCUGGCAAUCAUCAGUUCAUCAUUUAUUUGAUCCUGGAAUUCUGUACUCUGUUGAUGCAGUUCUGGCUAGCUUUGGUGGGGAAGAGGAAAACCUGGCAAUACACUGGUUUAAAGCAGUCAUUUUUCUGUAAUAGAACAAAAGUUUCAGUUAUAAUAAUGUCACAUGAUCCUGUUAAAAUUCAGUCAUUGCCCUUGAGUUCAGCUACAUGUGCAAUUAAAUUGAAAUAUUUAUA